UAAACGGAACUCUGUUGUGUUUCUGCUUUUCCACCCGGACACCGUUUGAAGAGGCAACUUCCGCUUUACAUUGCGUGCCUCUGUUUUCCCAGCCAGAUCUCUUCGGCACUUUCAGACGCGGAACAGAAUUGUUUAUUGGAUCAAAGAAGCCUGAAUUAAGUGACUCGGCGUGUGACCUGUAAGCGAAGAUGACGGACCGCUACAACAUUCACAGCCAGCUGGAGCACCUGCAGUCGAAGUAUAUUGGCACAGGACAUGCAGACACCACUAAGUGGGAGUGGCUGGUGAACCAGCACAGAGACUCGUACUGCUCCUACAUGGGCCACUUUGACCUCCUCAAUCACUUUUCUGUCGCGGAGAAUGAGAGCAAGGCUCGUGUGCGCUUUAAUCUGAUGGAGAAGAUGCUGCAGCCAUGCGGACCUCCUGCUGACAAACCCGAGGAUGCUUAGGAUAACGCUUCACUCGGAGAGGACUUUUAAGUUUAUAGGGGUAAAUUGUGAAUGAGAUUUUGACGCCUUUUUUUUGUUGUUUUUUUCAGUUAAUUUAGUUAAGUUCCUUUUUCCCAUUUUGUAUUGUUUAUCUUAAGAAAAUAAAGUGGAAGAUUGUUUGAAUUUAUCAACAAAA